AUGGAGCUUAUUUGUUGGAGGCGACUCCUAACCGCCUCCCACAUACGUCGCUCUCACUGGAUUGCAGGUAUUCAAGAUCGCGAUCACGACGUCGGUAUUCAAGAUCGAGAAGCCGGAGUAGGUCACGUGGUAGGUAUCGGCGUCGCUCAAAGUCGCGAAGUAGAACACGUAGUAAAAGUCGAAGUUGUAGCGACGUUCACUACAAACCGAAGACACGCCGAUCUCGUUCGAGAUCUUCUUCACGUAGUAGAAGUCGUAGUAGAACUCGUAGCUAUAGCGGGAGUUCUAGAAGUAGGAGCCGAAGCAGAUCACCAAAAAGACGACUUGGUGCGGAUAAUCGAGGUCGCCCUGGAAGUGGUGUUCCUGCUGGGCAUCAGUCUUGGUUCGUUGGAUCCUCAAGCACAGAAUCAACCAAAAAGUGUAGAUGAUUUUGUUUCUUACUGUCAACAAAUUCAACGUCGUCAAGAUAAGGAAGAUCGCCGUGAAAAGGGUGAAGCAGUAUCUAGUGAUGAUGAUAAAUGCGGGUCAAGAGCUGGUAGCCCAACAUCCUUCAAGCAUCCAUUUGGUGUCAGAACUGCAGGCCAGUCCGAUGGGAUUAAGAUUAACAUUGUAAAUGCUACGUCUAUUUCUACAAAAACUCCACAGGAGCGCGUCCUAGAUUCGUCGCAGUUGCGCUUAGUGUAUCCAGUUUCUUCUGGUAUCACGCAUAAAGAAAAUACAGACAAAUGGACGCCGGUGGUGAAAACUAAGCCCUUGAAAACAUGUUCGGAUGAACAGAAGAAAUAUGUUGGCAUAACGAGUUUAGAGGCGGAACGAUAUCGAGCUGAAGCGAGUUCUUCGACAGAUCACUUGCUACCUCCACCGCCAGCACCGCCGGUUCUUACAGGGCUUGGUGGUCUUCUGCCGCCUCCUCCACCACCACCAAAACUUACUGCAUUUGAUACGCUUCUUCCACCGCCUCCACCUUUGCCACAGUUGCUGGUCCUUCCACCAGAAGAAGAAAUGAUUAUGCAUGAGCCGGAUAAGGUUGAAAUGACUGGGCCACAAGAUGUGGCUAACGUGUUAGCUCGAAGAGCGGAUGCUCAAUUGAAGUUAGCAACCAAUCCGAACGAUUACGAAGCUAUUCGUGUUGUGAAGGAAGUGGAUGAUCAAAUGGCGUCAUGGGCUGCUGCUAAAAAUCUGCCAGGCAAGUACACUGGCUCUACGGGUGUUAACGUACUUUCUCCUGAAGAACUUCAACCACAUGAUCCACGUUACAAUGCGUGGGUUAAAAAGGUAUCCUACUGUAGCAAUCGGUUGUUUCGUCUUUGUACUUCAUGUUUAGUACAAAAGUUUUAUCAGGAGGUUUUUUUUUAUUAUUUCCCAGUAUGCUUUCGCUUUUAA